AUGUUUGCCUUCUUAUGUGUCUCGGCAAUCUGUUUUAUUGCAGUGACAAAAUUGUAUUUUUGGACUUUUUUUCCGCCUCGAAACUUUCCUAGAAACAUCCCAACUGUUCCAUUUUACGUCACCCUUCUGCCGCUUUUCAAAGAUGUCGAUCAAGAAAAGAUAUUCAAGGAGUAUCUAGAAGAGCCUCUAGCAACGCACGGGGCCGUCAAGAUUUUUUUCGGCGCCCGAUGGAACAUAUUACUCCAAAAGCCAGAAUAUAUGGCGGAAAUCUUCAAAGACGAGAAGACAUAUGCCAAAUCUGGUAAUCAGAAAAAGAUUCCAUACAGCGUGCUGGCAGAUUACACUGGCGACAAUAUCAUUAGUGCACACGGUGACGACUGGAGACUUUAUCAACAGGUCCUAAAACCAGGGUUGCAGAAACAAUUUGACAUAUCAUCAUUUUGUGAGAAUGCGCUUCUUCUUAUCCGUAUUCUGAAGGAGACGAACAACAGAGAUGGUGCAGUCCUAGUCACGCCUCUGCUCCAGCGGUAUACUGUUGCAAACUUGGGAAAGGCGGUUUUCUCCGCGGAUUUUCAGACUAUGGAAAAACCCGAUGCUGAUGUGCAUCUAUUACAAAUGGCUGUUAAAAAGGAAAUUUUCAAACCGAUAUUUCUAACCUUUCCCUUUCUCGAUGCCUUGCCCAUUCCGAGCCGCAAAAAGGCCCGGAGGACCGUUCAAGUUUUCAGGGAUGAGUUCUGUAAAAUGGUACAAAAGAGCCAUGCUGGAAAUUGCUGCUCUACUGAGAGCGAUAACCUAGGUUGUAGACUCAUUUCUGCACGAAAAAAGAGCGUACUUAGAGAAAAGCAAUUUCAAGACAAUAUGGUCAUAUCUUUUGUGGCAGGACAUGAGAAUCCGCAACUCUUGCUUUCUACCCUAAUCUAUCUACUGGCCAAGCAUCAAGAAAUUCAAGAAAAGCUUCGCAGAGAGAUCUUGUGCUCAGGGCAGGAUGACCCAUCCCAUGAUAUGUUCAAAAAUAUGCCAUAUCUUACAUCUGUCAUAUACGAGGCCCUUCGCUUGUUUCCUCCGAUAUCUCAACUCAUAAAUAGAAAGACGACUCGGACGGUGGCUCUUGGAAAUGAGAUUAUUAUUCCAAAGGGCACAUAUGUUGGAUAUCAUGCGUAUGCCACAGGUCGGGAUGCCACAUGCUGGGGGCUCGAUGCGAAUGAGUUUCUACCAGAAAGAUGGGGAGGGACAAUGCCAGAAAUUGCGAACAAGUAUCGAAGAGCAAAGAGCAAAGCUGAAUUUACUUCGUUUCAUGGAGGACGUAGAGCUUGCCUGGGAGAGAAGCUCGCCAUUCUCGAAGCUCGCGUCACGCUCUUCUAUCUGAUUCAGAGGCUUAAAUGGAAACUUGACCCUACAUGGCCAGAGCGAAUGACUCCGGCGGGGCCUCUAUAUCCAAGAAUGCUGCGUGUUCAAGUUGAGGAGCUUUAG